CAUUUCCUUCAUUUGUGUCAAACGUUAGCAAGCAUAACCAAAAGAAAAACGUUUUGAAUAUUUCAAAAACAAAAAAAAAAAAAAGAAUUAUAAUAUGGAAAACGAAUGUGCAGAAAGAAAAUUGAUUAGGCAAAAAAGAAAGCGGUGGUCGACAGAUGCUGAAGACAUAUUAUUGUCCAUAUGGGAAAAAAAUCUUCCGAAAAUCAGAGGCGUGCGUAAAAACUCUCACAUAUAUAGUGAGAUGUCCACAGAAUUGGCAGCAAGUGGAUUUAACUAUGAUGGGGAAGAAGUAAAAAACAAAAUACACAAUAUUACAAACAGAUACCGUGAAGAAAAGAAGAAAAUUGGCCCUUCUGGUGGAUCGCCUUCAAACUGGUGUUUGUAUGAGCGGGUACAUGGAAUACUUGGCGGAUACAAAUUCCACAAUAUACAAACGGUUGUUGAGGAAAGCAUAGAUACGCCUUUUGUGGAAUUUGUCGAUGAUGAAUCUAUUGAGUGUAUUGAAAUUUUAAGUUGCGAUAUGGAAAGUAUGGAAGUUCCUGUUGAAGCAUCAAAACCAAAAAGAGCGAAGAAAAGUGACAAAGAAAAUAGUAAAAUAAUUAAACAAAAUAUAGAUGCUACUAACAAGGAGUGAGUAGAGUGUGUUAAAUAUAUGAAUGAUUUAACUGAAAAGGGACUCAAUAUACAAAAAGUCAUUGCUGAGACCGAAAAAGAGCGGAACGAAAUCCUUAAGGAAUUUGUAGAUAUUUUUAAAAAUAAAAAUUCCAAGUAAAUUACAA